CUUAAAAAAUGCCUGCAUUUUUUGUAAAAGCCGGCGCCAAAAAGAGCGGCGGUGGAGCUGCAGCGACUAGGAAAAGAAAAAAUGGUGGAAAAUCGGAUGCAAAAAGCGAGGAGAUGGCCGCCAAAAUGUCACGACGUCAGAAGAUUAUGGCAGCUACGGAAAUUCAUUCGGAUGAGGAGGACUCACUCGCCGGAAGCGCCGCAGCAUCAGAAGCCGGAAGUGACGUGGAAUACGAGGAUGCACACGAGAGAAAUUAUCGAGAAGCCAAGAAGCUUUUGGACAAGAUUCAGAGCACAACAACGACACAAGAGGAGGUGGCAGAGAAGCUCCGGGACGAUGCAGUUGCACGUACAGGAACACAAGUUAAACGAGUUGCCGAUGUGGUUGAGCUUGAAGAUGAUCUGGAAAUUAGCUAUAAACCACAUAGAUUGUCUCCGCUCUGUGUCGCCUUCUCACCAGAUGCAAAAUAUGUGAUUAGCUGUGGAAAAGAGUCGAGUAUUGUCAAAUUCAACGUGGGCACCCGUAAAGUCGUCGGAAUCAUCAAAAGAACCAAAAAAAGAGCCGGAGUACCGGAAGAGCCGACAAAUGCUCAUUAUGGAGUCAUUUUCACUGUUGCAGUGUCGCCAGAUCAGAAAUUUAUCGCUUCUGGUGGUUUUGAUCAGGUUGUCAAGAUUUGGAAUUUCGACAGUUUGGAGCACAUCAAGGACCUCUCCGGACAUCGUGGACCAAUUUUUUCGCUCACUUUUCAGCUAAAAACCAAUAAUCUCUACUCGGCCAGUCAGGAUCGAUCUGUGAAGAUGUGGGAUAUCGACCAGCUCGGACUCGUCGACACAAUGUACGGACAUCAGGACGGUGUCCAGCAGAUUGGUGUACUGUCGAAACAGCGUGUGGCAACUGUUGGUGGAAGAGAUCGUAGUGCGAGACUAUGGAAAGUCGAGGAUGAGAGUCAAUUGAUGUUCAGUGGACUUCAAAACUGUGUCAGUUUGGACUGCGUCGCAAUGAUCAACGAGGAGCACUUUGCCACCGGAUCUGCUGAUGGAAGCAUUGCAUUAUGGUCAUUCUGGAAGAAGCGUGCUCUUCACGUCCGAAAACAGGCUCACGGAACACAAAAUGGUAGUGGACGAUGGAUUGUGGCGCUGGCGGUGUUACCGUAUUCUGACCUGCUCGCCUCUGGAUCCAACGAAGGAGAGCUUAAACUGUGGAAAAUUUCGGAAAAUUUCCGUCAACUGACCCCAUUCUUCUCCUACAGUAUCCCCGGAUUCAUUAAUUCGAUCAAUUUCGCUCCGAAUGGAAAAUCGAUUGUUGUUGGAGCCGGUAAAGAGCACAAGGAUGGAAGGUGGUGGGUGGAUCGUGAAGCCCGUAACCAAGUGGUGAUUCUUCCAAUCAAAUAUACAGAUGGAAGUGAUAAUAAUGACGUCACCAUUGGUGAUAAGACGGCUUCUGGAACAGUUUCAGGGGCUUCUGCUGGUGGUGGUGGAGGAAUCGAAUCGGGUGAUGAAUCUGAAGAAGAAGAAGAAGAGCUGGAGGAAGAGCUGGAAGAGGAGGAAGAAGAAAUUGAGGAAUAAGAUUCCUCACUGCCUGCGCCUCCGCCUACCUACCUACACACAUCAAUCUCUCCUCCAAAUAACCAGUUCUCUUAUCAAAUUGUUACUUUUUUUGUCUGUUUUUCCGCCUGUUUUUUGAUGAUUAUCGAUUGAAAAUCGGCCGAUUUUCACCUUUUUUUCACCCAAAAUUUGUUGAUUUUUUCAUUGUUAUUUUCCUUUUAUUUUCCUUUUAUUUUUAUUGUUUUCUAAUUUUUUUUGCAAUUUUUUGCAAUUUUUCUCCCCCCAAAAAACGUGAACUUUUUUAUCAAAAAUAUUC